UCCCCGGCCCUGCCCCCUGUCCCCCAAGUGCUCCCACGUUCGCCCUUCCCUCCCGCGGCCUGAGGCGAGGCCGCACCCCAUCUGGAAGGCGUCCUCCGGCCGACAGCGAGGUCUGUCGCGCAGCCCCACGUCCUCUGUGCAGUGACCGCGUCUGCGGCGGGCGGAAGGUAUCCGGGAUGUGGGAGUCCGGUCUGGGUACCUGGGGAGUAAAGGCCCCGCUUGCCGUCGGCGCCGCGAAGCCCGGAGCGAGCAGGCCGAUCUGGGCCUCCCUGUAGACGCGGUCAUAGGUCCGUGUCCUCGUCUUCGGGGCUCAGGAAGGGCGACGACCGUAGCAGGCCUCACUGGGACCCCACGCCCACCGGGGCCGAGGGGACCGGAGGCCGGGAGGACCCGAAGUCUGCGACCCACGGCCGCGUCCACGGGGUUCCUGGUGCAAGAGGACAGGCCUUACACUCCCACGAGACGCGAGGAAAUCGAUGCUUUUCCCCCGAACUAGAGCACUUCGUGGCGACCGUGCUGGCGCUGCUGUGACCUCCUGGGAAGGCAGCCCGGCUGCCGCGGGGGAUCGCGGAGCAGCGGGGGCAGGUGCACACGUUAGGGCGGAUGCACAGAGGUCGGUAACUGGCUUCCCCGAGCAGCCCGGGAGGCAAGCGGCCCCCGGAGGCGACGUGGUUCUAUUUCCUGGCAAAGGUCAGCCACCCUGCUCUCUCUUAAUGACCCUGCUCUGGAAUUCCUGUGCUAUGGGCCAGAUACACCAAUUUCUGAAAUGCUCUUGGAUCUGAAAUGCCCUUUGGCCCUCCUGCCGCUUUCCUCCAUGAUUGCUCACAUAAAACCUUGACACACGCACAGCCGCCUUCAACAGAUGUAGUUUCACACUGGAAAUAAAAAUGUGAACAGCGAUCUUCGUGCGGAUGCGCUGAAUCGCAGGAUGGACACUUUAGAAAUCCGAAUUAGUGAGUCAGGAACCAGACUAAACUGAACUCAGAGUAGAAAGUGAGAUCAUUUAUGAGAGGUAAAAAAAAAAAAAAAAAUUAAAUUAAAAUGGAGCCUUGAUCCAGGAUAAGACUUCAUAGAAGGCAAGAGACUGAAAAAGAAAUGGGGGGUGCAGGAUGAGUAAGUUCUAGAACUCUCUGCCGACGCUCUUGUGCCCGGGGUGAGCAACACUGCCUUGGGCACCGCAGAAUGCCACAGGCUGAGCUAUGCGAAGUGCUCUAACCAGGAUAAAAAUUGAAAGUUGCCAAGAGGAAGAUCACACAUUGGAUGUGGUCAAAUAAAACAAGAGGAAAAAAUUUCUUUGGGAUGAAAUUACAAUAAUGAUCAUCAAACAAAUUAGAAUCCUCAGAUCAGAGUCUCUUAGUGCAAAGCGGAAUUAAAGAGAGACCAGAGCAAAACACAGCCUGGGGCCAGUGGGAAAUUCCAGGGCGAAUGUAGAAGAAUGAGGAUGUGCAUUGUCUACCGGGUAAACCUGGGCGAGGAGCACACAGACACUAUUGCUAACGCCAGAAAACCCGCGCGGUUCUAGAAGGCCGCUCCGUUAGCCGCAAUCACCGACAUCACAGCAAGUUAAUUAUCAGAAGAUCAGGAAGCAAAUUCACUCUCCUAUGACAAAGUACUUUGUGACUUUCAGUGAACAAAUAUAAUUUUCUAUCACAAACAUUUUAUCAGACAAUCUUGGGGUGCCUGGGUGGCUCAGCAGUUUGGCGCCUGCCUUUGGCCCAGGGCGUGACCUUUGAGUCCCGGGAUCGAGUCCCACGUCGGGGCUCCCUGUGUCAGGUCUGCUUCUCCCUCUGCCUGCGUCUCUGCCUCUCUCUCUGUCUCUCUGUGUCUCUCAUGAAUAAAUAAAUAAAAUCUUAAAAAAAGAAAGACAUAAUCUCAAGGUCACAAGUCAACAAUCUUUGGAAGAUACAUAUUAAAAUGAGUCUGUCUUUCAAUGCUAUAGAACAGACUAUACAAAAAUCCAGCUUCACAAAAAAAAAAAAUCCAGCUUCAAAAUGACAAAAUGCAGACUCAGACUCUAUUGUUUAUAAAAUGACCAUGAGGAUUUCUGACCCUCUGACUGCCUAAUCACAGGCUGAUGACUGGCAGAGCGCUCCUAGAAACUUGCAGGUACAGUGUCACCAUAUUGCUAACCAAAACGGAGACCACUUAUAUGAGAUAUCUCAAAAGACCUAAAUAAUUGAGAUCAGAAGACUCAAUGUUACAAAGAUGUUCUUCACAGACAGAGCUGUAGAUUCAGCACAAUCUCAGUGUAAAGUCCAGCGUGUUCUCACUGUGGAAUCCAGCAUGUGGAAAUGUAAAAGGCCGAGAAUAGCCAAAAUAUCACACAGCAGCAUUUAUCUUAUUUCAUUUUUGAAGAUUUUUAAAUUCAUUUUGACGUAAUCUCUACACCCAGCAUGGGGCUCGAACUCACAAGCCAAAAUCAAGAGUCACAGGCUCUGCCCACUGAGCUAGCCAGGCCACAUGUAUUUCAAAGCAACAGUAAUGAAGACAAUGUGGUACUGACACAAGGACAGAUCGAUAGACUAGUGGGACAUAUUAGAAUCCAGAGAUAGACCCACAUUAUAUACGGACACUUGAUUGAUGACAAAAGAGCCCCCCAGGACAGGAGUACUGGGCCAACCAGAAAUCCUUGUGAAAAAUUGAAAUUUGGGGCGCCUGGCUGGCUCAGCAGUAGAGCGCGUGACUCUUGAUCUCGGGGCUGUGAGUUCAAGCCCUGCACUGGGAGUAGCGUCUACUAAAACCAAAUAAAUAAACAUACUUUAAAGAGAGAAAGCCAUUUUUAAAAAAAUGAAAUGCGACUCCUUCCUCACACUGUACAAAAAUAAAAUUAGUCUCAAGUGAAUUAAAGCUCUAUGAACGGCGAACAAUAGAACUUCUAGGAGGGUCAUGGCAGGUGUCCUCACAGCAUCCCCAGACCUUGCGUAGCUUCAGAUCUGCUGUUCACGGACAGGCUGGGAGAAAAUGUUUGUAGCGUGUACAACUGACGGGUGGGUGUGGAGCGGGUGUGCAUGCUGUUGUGGUAUGACUGUUUUGGAAGACCACCGGGCACUGCCUACCAAAGGUGAGCCUGUGGAUACCCCGUGGUGACUGUCUCGGGUAAGGACCUGACGACACCGGGGAGCACUAGGCAUGACGGCUCCACGCCGGAGCCCCCCGACUGCAGACAUUUCCUGCUGGCUCAUUUUCAUCGCUGGAUUCCAUGCUGUUCCAUAGCAUAGAUCAUAAUUUGCCCUUUGCUUUCUGACCCAACUCUAAGGCAUCAUUCACGCUGGUUCCUCUGUGGACGUGACCAUCUUUUCUUAAAAAUUAACUUAUGGGAUGGGGCGCCUGGGUGCUCGGCUGGUGGAGCAUCCAACUCUUGGUUUCAGCCCAGGUCAUGCUCUCAGGGCCCACUUUGGGCUCCCCAGGUCGGGCUCUGUGCCUGGCAGGGAGUCCACUUGAGGGCUCUCUCCCCCUGCUCCUCCCUGCACUGACCCACAUGCUCACUCUCUCUCUCUGUCUCUCUCUAAAAUAAAUAAAUAGAUCUUUAAAAAAAUCAAUGAGUAGGAGUUCUUUGCGUCUUAAGGAUCUUAACCUAUUAUUUGUCAUAUAUGUUAUGAAAUGUGUUGCCAAAUUUGUCAUUAGUCACAUAUUCUUUACAGUAUUUUGCUUUGUGAAAGCUUUGGGGGUUUUUAAAAGAUUUUUAGUACUUUAUAUGAAAGGGAGAGAAGGUGAGAGGAUGCAACCAGAGGGAGUAGGUGGCAGAGAAAGAGGGAGAAGCAGGGUCCCCGCUGAGCAGGGGGGCCAUGCAGGGCUCCAUCCCAGGACUCGGGAUCAUGACCUGAGCCCAAGGCAGAUGCUUAACAGGCUGAGCCACCCAGGGCCCCAAAACUUCACACUUUUUAUGCCGUGAGUUUAUUAUCAGUACUUUCAAGUAUGGCUUUGGCUUAGAUGACAUGCUUAGAGUCGCUUUUUUCCACACCAAGAUGAUAAAUGCAUCCACCCAGAUUUUAUUCCAAUAUGUACACGGUUUUAUGUUUGUUCAGUCCCUGAUCCAUCUAGAAUUUAUUUAUUUAGUUUAUGUGUAGGGUUUUCCUUCAGUGCAUCAUCAUAUUAAACCAUCUCUUCCCCCCCCCCACAAAUAUGAAGUGCCACCUUCACCGUUUAUCCAAGUGCCAUGUGGACGCUACUGUAAGGGAGGGGACACACCCUGUGGCACAUCACACAUCUUAGAGUGGUUCGGGCCUGCGGGGAAGCACAGCUGUGGGUAAGAGGCAGAAGGUGCCUCUGUGUGCAGCUGUCCGAUGGAGACCUGGGGGGUGGGGUUCAUGGAUGACGUCAUAAUCAGUGGGGGGGUUCUGUUCGGAACCUCAGAGACGUUAGGUGAGGCCUCUGAGCUACUUCUGUGGACUGCUGCACUCUGAAGACAAGCCUACUUCUCUGGCUCCUUUGGACGCUGUCGCUGAGUCAGACCGAGCUGCCGGGGCGUUGGAGGCCGGCCAUGGAGGCCCCCCAGCUGCUGACAGCCGCCGUCGUGCUGUGCUCCGCCAGCUGCCUCCUGCCCGACGGCGCGGCGCCCGCCUUCGGUGUCCAGGACGAGGCUGAGGCGCUGCCCCCGCCGCGGGACAACCGCAGGUCCUGGCUGAGCAGCUUCCAGGACUACGUGUGGGACCGCAUCAAGAGCUCCCUCCCCACGGCCACUGUAUUCGCCUUCCUUUUCGCCAUCGUCCUAGUGGGGCUCCUCUGCUGCCUCACUUUCGCUGUAGGUGAACCAGUCUAACGAAGCGCUACAAGAUUCCGUUGCGCAGAAUGUGCUGUCGCUUCCAACGAGGAACUACGUAUCAAUCAAAAUUAAAUUAUCUUCCAUUUUAAA